GUCACUACCUGCCAGUAAUCUUGGUUUCAUUUAUUACUUUGAUUUAUUUAUUUUUUCACCCUGGCAUGUUUACAGGUUUACCGGGCUUUUCAAGUUUACCUCAGGUUCAACAUCUGUUGGAUAGUUUUCUCUACUAUGUAUAUUCCUAGAGCCUGCUUUCUUCGAUUUCUUCAUUAUUUUUGUCAGUCAUCCUACUAUUAAGCUAGAUGAGAGGCUAUCUUGCUUUAACUGGUGGCCAAUCACCAGGCAUUAGCCUGUGUGGGCCAGUAUGGGGAAUCGGAGACUGGGGGCCCGUCCAGAACAAUAGGUGAAUUGGAGUAUGAUCUCCUUUGUUUAUAUUAGAAUUAUGGCUUUUUGUAUUGCCAUACUGUGAGGUGCAUGUCAGCUUUUGAGCCAUGUCAAUAAACAUAUAAAUAAAUAAAAAUAAAACAAUCCUCGCCUUCACCGUCAACAACCCUCCCAACUAUCACAUCAACCGAAACGAUUAUAGGAAAGCGAUCUUGACUGAGCGAGGGGAAAAGAGAGAGAGGGAGAGAGAAGCAUGAACACACAGCCGCACGAGGCUAGAUACCACUAUUCACCUGUGUACAGUACUCGUACAGUACCGUUUCCAUUUUGAUCCACGGCUUGCGGAAAAAGUACUGUGGCGAUAUCAGCAUUGAUUGCAUUCUCCUUAUUUAAUUUUUAUUUAUCCUUUAUUGCUUUACCCUUUCUUCGGUUAUGACCCUAUAGCCCCCCGUUUAAACGGCAUUGAGGCGCAAGGGAUUAAAUUCCUCUUUUAUCCCGACCCCAUUCGUUGGAAGGAGGCCGUUCGAAAACGGCGAUCGAGGCCUAAUACUUGUACCUGACCGAGAGAUUGGAAACGGUUGGCGGGAACGAUUAUACGAGGUCUUAGCUGGAGCAGGAUCAGUCGGCAGCCGACCGUGUUAGCCUGCCUACCCACACAGUACUCGAGUACUCGAGCACUUUAUCUUCCCCUACUUACAGCAUUACCGCAUUGUAUCUGCUGCUUAUCUUCACCCACCUCCCCGUCCCCUCCUGUCCAAGAAACGGAUCGGGGACAGCGAUCUAUUCCUAAGAUUGACCGAAAUCGAGAUCUCGAUACUCCGCAACGGCGGAAGUACCCCGGUGGGUUCCGACAACUACGACCACAGCGGCAACGGGGGAGAGCACCAUCUCCGCAUUGCAGGCAAGCAGGCAGGCAUCCCCCAACGGAGGAGAGGAGAGGACCGGAUUCAAAUCCCGUUACCACCACGCUGCUGGAAGCAAUUAUCCCAAUUUUUGAAUCUUGAUUAUUAUCAGAUCAGCUCCUACCGACACCCGCCUGGGUAUUGGACCUGGACGCGAGGAGGAGCACGGGAUAAGGAAGAGGGGUCGACAAAAGUCAAACGGGGCACCAGAAGCGAAGGUAGGAAACCUCGCCCUUCACUCCUUCCUGCAAUUUUCCGCCACAUUUCUUUGCAUUUCGGUGGAAUAAGGCUCGAGUUGGUCCAGAGAUGAAUGGACAACUGGUACCGGUACGAGUACAGUACCGGACUCGCACAGUGCUCACCGUCUGAUAUGAUAUGGUACUGAGCGAGACCUUUUCUUUUCUUUUUCUUUUUCUUUUUUCUUUUUUUUUCCCUCCCCUUCUUACCGCCCAUCCUAUCCCCCUCUUUUCUUCCUUUUUUUCUCCAACAUGUCACAACGAACAAGUUGAGGAGAGACGAGUUAGAGGCGAGGAGAAAAGAGAAAGGGAGAAACCAAGCUGACAUUUUGGGCUGUCGUUUCCGGGGCCUGCAGCGUUAUCGUACCAUCCAGCUUCAAGUACAAUACAAGUACAGCGGAAAAAGUCUCUCGCAUCGAACAGGUCACUCACCUCGCUAUCACAAUACAAUACGGUACCGGUACUUUCUUGGAUUGUCAGAUCCUGUUGACUCGAUUUUUUUUUUUUCACAUGAGCCGCCUAUCUGGGGUUCUACCAGCGCCCGCCCAGUAUUCAACUCUUAUUUAUCCCAACCCCCCACCCCCACCCACGUUGCUUCCUUUUCCUUUGCCUCCGUUAAGCAAAAGCAAUCUAUUUCGGUAAUCGUCAUGGUGGACUACCGUGCUCCCGCCUACCAGUUCCCACAUAAAAAACCAACAGGGCCUGAUGCGCCCCCUCCGCUUCCAACAAAGAAUAGUCUCAGGGCCAGCCCUAGCCACUCCUCUCAAAACUCGUACCGUCCCCCAUCCUCUACCUCGCCGGCAUCGCACAUUCGUCGCCGUACCUCCUCGUCUGGCACUUUACCAAUGCAAGGAAUGCAAGGGAUGCAGGCCUACCCGCAAAACUACAACAAUAAUUACAACUACAACUACCUACAAAACCCUCAGAUGAACCGCCGGCCCUCGGUCGCCAGCAACUCGAGGGGUAGAGCCAUGGACCCCACCAUACCCAUCACCAUUAGACGAUCUGGGAGUACCCGUACAACAAACUCCGCUUCGACAUCGGCUCAGAGUGCCUACGUGGCUACCCUCAGGAGACAGAAAGCAACAGUUUGGUGCGAUAGGUCACAGCAUGAAGACCCCCGCCUGUUAGCCGCUCAACGAGCUGCGAAACUCCGCGCAGCCAUAGAGGUUGUCGGUUCGUCAAGCUCCGCAUUCCUCAGUGCGGGGUAUAAUCAUCACGGGAUCGGCUCCGCAACAGGGUCAGCAGCAUCCUCUGUAUCGGGUGGCAGAACUGGAAAAUUGGGAAAGACUUGGGUCAGCACAGCUAGUCCCGGCAUCGGCGGUGGAAGCUUACCCAGCGGGGUGCCUGCCCGAUUAUCGGCUACGGAGGUUCUUGGUGACGAUGAUGAAGACGACCUUUACCCCGGAGGUGCAGGAAUUCGCAAACGCUCCGGUUCUGGAAAGUCCUCACUCAACUCGAAUCACAGACGCACAAAUCGCUCGUCGUCAAUGAUGUCUGACACUAACCGAAAUUUCUCCGUGCACGGCGGCGCGACCGGCGGCCUACAACACCGCAACUCAAGAGGAAGUACUCCAAGUUACUCGUCCAGGUCAUCUAUAGCAGAGGAAGGAGCCCCUGGCCCCACAACGAAAGCAAAGCCCAGGAGCGAAAAGCUACCCGAAAACCCUUCCGGGUCAGUUCCGCCAAGACCCUAUUACACGCCUUCCCUCCAAAGCUCUGCUAUGCCGAGGCGUGACAAUACUCUGAGGAGAAAGGGUAGCUUGGACGAACAGGAGGUUGUCAGGACUAUGACCCUUAGCGGAAACCGGCUGUUUGUGGCGAAUCCAGAUGUCGAAUAGCCAUUUUCUUUCUCUCCAUCACUCAAUCGGGGGGUCGUGGCAAUUGAUUUGCACAUAGGAUAGAACCUGACGACUGUAUACAUGAUUCCACCUCCUUACCUCAUUCCCUUUACCCCCUUUUGCACUCCCCUGUACUUUUCAAGGGGCAUCGCUCACUCGGGCUGGCUUUUAUUAAUCGUCAAAAAGUUCUUAGUUUCAUCAUGUAUUUGAGGGUCUCAUUUCUAGUUUCGUUCAAUCAUUUCCCUUCACUCUCCCUACUCAUCCCUCUACGCCCCCGCGGGCCUCCCAUUGUGCUAAAAAAUUAUUGAUCUUGUAAUUAUUCUUGCUCCGGUUCAUAUUUUGUCAGUCGCUUGGGGUGUUUUUAGGUAUUUGAGUUUUGCAUUCGUUCAUAGGCCGGUAGGGUUUAGGUGUUUUUGUUUUUUUUCCUGCACUCUUCUGCUCUCUUUUGCAGGGCUGGGAUUGAAAACUAUACAAUACAUGCAAGCUGUAUGGUAGCCAAGUCUUGUAGCAUUGCUUUCCUUUCCUAUUUCUUAUUUUGUUUUUCCUUUAUAUUAUCUUUUUUUUCCCUUCUCCCUUUUUGGUGCAGUUCUUUCUUGAUACCUUCUCUUCCCAAUGCUCGGACAUGUUGAAGAUAUUAUACUCUUGCUAUCCUUCUUAUACUAUACUGGUAUUGGAUACCUGGAGUUAGCCUUAAGGCUCAUAUAAUGUCGAUAGUUUUCUCUAG